GUGGGGGAGGACCGCGAGGCGCGCGCUGGGCUCUCCCGCUCCGCCUGCAGCUGCUCUCCCCGGUGGCCCGCGGCCACCCCUCCGGAGGGCUCGGGGCAAGGGAACUUGACGAGCCCGCCUUUGAGCUGAAGGCGGGAAAAUGGCGGACUCCUCGGGGCGCGGCUCUGGGUUGCCUUCUGCAGGGGACCCCAGUACUCCUAGUGGCCCCAAGCCGAAAGGAAAGCAAACACAAGGAGGAAAAAUGGUCGAAUCCCGAUACCUGCAGUAUGAGAAGAAACCCACUAAAAAGGCUUCUGCAGCAGAUAUUUUAAAGACCAGCGGGAAGAUGCCUGAAGGCGGAAGGAAACACAGCUCCCUCCAGAAGAGCAAAGAAAGCAGUGGGAUCUUCGACAAAGGCGACCUGCAGUCCACGUUGCUGGAAGGACACGGCACCGCCCCCCCGCACCUGGAUCUCUCAGCCAUCAAUGACAAAAGUAUGCUCAGAAAGACUCCACAAUUAGAAAAAAAAGUGUCAAAGAAAACCGAGUCGACAUCAUUUUCUGCCUCACAGGAAAAGGACCCAGAUCUCUCCGAAUUGAUGGAAUCCCAAACAUUACUCCUGACUCUACUAACCGUGAAGAUGGAGAACAGCCUCGCAGCAUUUGAAGAAGAGGCAGAAAGGAACUUAGUAACGGUGUGCCAAGAGAAGCAGCAGCUCCUGAAAAAGGCCCACGAGCUAAAGCGCAAACUUCUCCUCUGUCAGAAGAAGCGGGAACUGAUGGAUGUCCUCAACCCCCAGAUCGAGAUGCUGAGCCCCUACGCGGCCGUGUCUGAAAGCUUCAAGGAGCAGUACAAGGCCCUCGCGACGGCCCUGGACGCCACGAGGCACGAGCUGCCUGUGAGAUCAGUUCACCUGGAGGGAGGCGCGCAGAAGUUCUUAGAUGAUUUGCAGCGGGAAUUGACGACCACACACCAUCUGCUGGGAGAACUUGGAGUCUGCAGUUCAGAAGAAAACGGGAAAGUACUAGACCUGCUGGGUGAACUGAAGGAAAUGACCCAAAAGAAGGAUCUGGAGCUCCGAAGGAGCUUUGCCCAGGUGCAGGAACUCUCUGCUGGAGUGAGCAAGGAGGCAGCCUUAAUCAACCAGGAGGUCUGGGAAGAGGCCCAGGGCCCGGUGGCCCCCCGCCAGUGGUAUUUCAAUGAGGAGGACACUCGAGGGGACACUUGGGGAGAGGCCAGCAGCCCGCUCCUCUCAGGUGCUGACAAGCCCUGCGCAUGGUGAAUCCGCACGCAGGCCGUGGCCCUAGCCCAGGUGGGGUCUCUGCAAACCCUCGGGAAGAAAGCUCUGUCCAGGAUGCCUCUGUGCCAGGGCACCGGUGUGGUGUUCCGGAAACUCACGCACUUUAGUCUCUUCGCUCAGCACUACAGCUGGUUUUGUGUGAUAAUCUUGUUUUAUAUUAAGAAAUAAACUGUUUGGCAACUGA